AUGGCAAUAAGACUAAUCAAGAACUUUCUAGAAAAUCGAGACAAAAAAACAACAGUUAAAGACAAGUGGCAGAAGAAACUUCUCAUAAACUUGAGACACUCUCUCUCUCUAGAACAUUCUUCUUUCUCACUCCUCACUCACUCUCUCUCUCCUACUUACUUUCUACUUAUAGCAAAACACAAAUAUCUUCUCAAAAAAAACACCAAAGAUCAAAACUUUACCAGAAAAAACACCCAAAACCUCAAAAAUCUCCAAACCCCAAUUAAAAAAAACACCAAAGAUCGAAACUUUAACCAUAAAAACAGUCAAAGAUCGAAACUUUAAAACAAUGGAAGGAGUGGUUAUAAUUAAGGAAGAAGAAACGACGACGUUUGUGGGAACUGGUUCAUCGUCUUCUUCGAGUUCAAAUAACCAGUCACCACCACCAAUAAUGGUUCAACCAAUGGAAGGAUUACACGAUGUGGGUCCACCUCCAUUUUUGACUAAGACGUUUGAAAUGGUUGAAGACCCAUCUACAGACGCCAUUGUUUCUUGGAGCAUAGCUCGAAACAGCUUUGUUGUUUGGGAUUCUCAUCAGUUUUCAAUGACUCUUCUUCCUCGUUAUUUCAAACAUGGUAACUUUUCCAGCUUCAUUCGUCAGCUCAAUACUUAUGGGUUUAGAAAAGUCGAUCCAGACAGAUGGGAAUUUGCAAACGAAGGAUUCUUAGGAGGACAAAAACACCUCCUUAAAACAAUCAAAAGAAGAAGAAACGUUCCUUCUCAACAACCCCAUCAUCACAAUCAGUUCGGAGGAAUCGAAUUGGGUCAAUUCGGAAUCGAAACAGAGUUAGAAAGACUCAAAAGAGACAGAGCUGUUUUAAUGGCGGAAAUAGUAAAACUCAAACAACAACAAAACGAUUCUUUAUCAAAAGUCACAGCAAUGGAAGACAGAUUAAUCUUAACAGAGAAAAAACAACACCAGAUGAUGAAUUUUCUAGCCAAAGCUCUAAAAACCCCAACUUUUAUACAGCAAUUCGUUUCUAAGAGAAAUCACCUUGCCGGCGCCGGCGCCGGAGUAAGAAAGAGGAGGCUUCCGGCGACGGCGACGGCGGAGACUGAGAUUGAGAGCCUGUUUUCGGCUGUUAUGGAUGAUGAUUAUGAGGAAUCUAGCUCUGGGAAUAGGAAUGAUGGGUUGUGGGAUGAGUUUUUGAGUGUUGAAGAAGCCGAAAUCGGGGUUUCGGAGGCGGAGGAGGAGGUGGCGGCGGCGGUGGCGGUUGAGGAUUUGAUCGCCGAUCCAGAUGAGUGGGGAGAUGAGGAGUUGCAAGAAUUGGUUGAUCAAAUGGGUUAUUUAAGGUCCACACCCUAACCCGACCCGGCCCGGCCCAAACCCGGCCCAAAUAUGAAGUCUUUUUCUUUCUCUAGUGUUAUUUUUGAAAAAAAAAUGAUAUUUUUGCAACUUAAUUGCCUUGCCAUUCCUGGUAUUUAAAUUUUUAAAAUAUGGUUUGGUUUGAUUUUUAAGUUUUUGUGGUUAUUGUUAUUGUUAUUAUUUGUUUUUAUUUAAUGUUUGAUGUUUAAUAAAUAAUUGGAAUUUGUAGUUUUUUUUGUUUUGUUUUGUGCAGCUAGGAAUGGUGAGAGUUGAAGUUGCAAAUGGGAGAAAAAGAUUUGUAUUUGUAUCCUUUUUUUAUUUAUUUGUUUUUUUUUCCUUUUACAAAAUGAACUCAUUUAUAUGUAAAUAUAUUAUGUUAAAUUGGGUCAAUUUAUCAUGCCAAUUCUAGUAUAAAGUUUUUUUUAAUUAGUAUGUUUUUCUCUAAAAAAAAAAAGAAAUUAUGAUGCUUUCCUCUUCUUAUUCUUCCUUUAUUUUUUUUUAUGUAUAAUUAUUAUACUAUAAAUACCUUUUUUCUUUUUCCUUUUUUUUUUUAAUAAAUAAAAUUUAGUGGUUUUUUCUUUUAUGCAGCUAGGAAUAAUGAGAGUUGAAGUUAUUAUGGACAAAAAGAGUUGUAAUUGUAUCCUUUUUGGGUUUUGGUUUAUAUCAUUUAAACUUGUUUUUUAAUUUUCAUUCUAAAUGAUCUUAUGUUACUUCAUUGUCCAAUUCCUGAUAUUAAGAUUUGUAAAUAUGGUUUUUGAUUAAAUAUUUUUGUAGAGUGGUGAUUCUUUCUUCUUCCUUCUUCUUCUUUUAAAAUUUCUUUAUUUUCUUUUAUUAUUAUUUUAAUUGAAUUAUAGUGUUAUUUUUCUUUUUUGCAGCCAGGAAUAGUGUUUAAUAUAAUUGAAUUUUGUUUUUAAAUUUAAAUUUUAUUGAUUUAUUUAUUUAUUUUUGGUUGUUGCAGAAGAGUUCGACAUCAUAGAAAUUGAUUGAAGAUGAGGAAUGAAGCUAUCAUCAUCAUCAUUUACCUUUAUAUUUAUUUAUUAUGUAAAUAGUUUAUAUAUAGAUAUAUAUUAUGUAUAUUCAUAUAAACUACCCAAUAAAGUUUUGUUAAAACAAUUUAUCAAUGAAUAUGAAAUAUAUAUUUGUGUAUA